UUCAGAAAUGAGUAAACGUAUCGACAGCAAUGGCAUGCAGGGACCUCCCAUAGACUUCGCCUUCAAAUGCAUUAAUUCCAUGGAAGAUGUCCUACAGGAAGACUCCCGUGAGGGCCCGAGGCCAAUCAAACGCGACGGUGACGGGAAGCUUCACAGCCAGGCACUCAGGCUUAACAAUAACACUCUGACGGACCUCCGCGGCUUCGAGGAGGUGAUGGAGAAACUGCUGAACGACCCCUCCCAUCUCUGCUGGAUAGACCUGUCCUUCAAUUACCUCCCCAACAUCGACCCCGUCCUGACUACGUACUGCCAUCUUUCUGUACUGAAUCUCCACGGCAACAGCAUUUGUCAGCUGACAGAAGUGGAUAAACUCGCCACCCUACCCAAACUGAAGAGCCUCACGCUGCACGGUAACCCCAUUGAGGUGGAGAAGGGGUACAGGUGA